CAUACAUAAAAAAAAAAAAAAAAUAUUCCGACGAACUGAUAACCUCCUCCUUUUUUGGAAGUCGGUUAAAAACUGGAACACAUCCCACCGAAAACCCUGCACAUUAAAUUUAAACCAAAUAUCUCGCUUAAAAGUAAUCUUAGCAUCGCAUCAGAAUGCUUCAGUAAAGUAUGGCAUAACAGUUUAGUUUCGACGUACAUAUGUCAAGUUAGCCCUACACUUUUCGAAAUUUUAAAGGUUAACUACAGCAUUUUUUUGUAGUUGUAAACAUUUUUUUUCUUAUUUUAUUUUAAAUUUUUAAAAUAAAAAAAGAGCUUUCGUCUGUUAGAAAAAGAUUGUAUGUAGUAGAGAUGGGCACGGGCCGGGCUUUCCACGGAUACGGGCCGGAAAAUUUGACUUCGAGCUCGUGCGUGCAUAUGCGUGCAGUGAAUUUCCAACAAAGCACGAAAAAGUUCGGUAAAUUAAUAAUAAUAAUAGAUUGGCGCUUACACAUAUGUUAGGCUGGUAUGGUCACUUGCGAAUCGAAUAAAUUUGGCGAACACACCUAAAAUUUGCAUUGUGAAUGGCGAAUGAACUUUUUCGCCGGACAUGCGUCGUUGCCAUUCAAACAAAUUAAAUGAGUUCAUCCUCAUUUCACGUUUCUGUCAUUUAUACUUCGAAUUAUUUUUUAUUACAAACUAAAAUUUGAAAAGCAAAAUGUUUUAUAACGUAGAUUUAUAUUUUGAGGAUAGUUAUAAUGUUGAACCGCGAGCUAACCUUCUUCGUCAGCGGCGUUUUAUUAGAGAUUACUCUAAUCCUAUGGAGCUGCCGUCCACAGUAUUUACAGCGAAUUUUCGGCUAAGCAAGGACGCUUUUAUGUAUGUGCUGGACAAAAUCAAGGACAAAUUUAAUUGCCGCCUGUCCUCGUCUGUAACGCCAAUGCUAAAAUUGUGUUGCGCACUGAGAUUUUUUGCGCAUGACAGUUAUCAGCAAGCUGUAGGAAAUGAAUUUCAAUUGGGUCUUGCGCAACCUACAGUUUCGCUCAUUUUAAAGGAGGUAUUGCCCAUUUUAGAAAGAGAAAUUUGCAGUGCUUCGAUAAUCACAGAAGUGACAGAAGAAGAGAAGCAACAGGCAAGGAGCAAAUUUUUCUCCAGAUCAGGAAUACCCAACGUAAUUGGCUGUGUUGACGGAACACAUAUUGCGAUUUAUGCCCCCACCGCAAAUAGACACCUCUAUCUAAAUAGAAAAGGCUUUUUUAGUAUAAAUGCUAUGAUUGCUUGCGAUCAUGACAUGAAUAUCCGGUUUGUGGAUGCUAGAUAUGCUGGUUCUACACAUGAUUCGUUCGUGUGGAACAAUAGUUCAUUAAAGACUUAUUUGGAGAAUAUGCAUCAAAGUGGCGAUCAUAACUCUAUUUAUUUAGGUGAUUCCGGAUACCCACUUAGUCCUUAUUUACUAACACCCUUCCGCCAUGCAGACUCUAGAACUAGGGAGUCAAUUUUUAAUAAGAAGCACGCGAAAGCUAGAAACGUCGUUGAACGUACGAUCGGAGUUUUGAAAUGUCGCUUUCGAUGUCUCCUGAGUGAUCGAAAAAUGCGCUACGAUCCUGCUAAAGCAACAUCCAUUAUAAAUAUUUGUUGCGCUUUCCACAAUAUUUGUAAGAAAUUUAGAAUCAGUGAUCCAGAGGAAGCUGAAAUUUUUAUUGACACCGUUGUAUCAUCAGAGCCAAUCAGUGAAGAUGCCAAUAAUACAUCAGGAGAGCGCCGCAGAAGGCAAAUAGCUGAUGCUUUGUUGUAAAAUUAAUUGCAGUUCGGUUUAUUGAAUAAAUUCAAAAUCAUUUACCUUACUUUUGUUCUUUUUAUUUCAUUUUAUACUUCAGAAUUCUUUAUUAUAUACAUGUUAAAUUAAACCUAAUUGUUUCUAUGCUCUUAAACUUAAUAAAAAUCACAAGUUGAAUUCAGUACCUUCAUCAAAUAUUAAACUUAAAAUUAAUUCAUCACAUGCUUUUAU